CUUUGACGGGUGUUGAUAAGAGAAAGCGAACCGAACGAUAUCACGACGAGUCUGAAGACCUACACGGACACAACACUCAAGGGUAGGACUGGGGGCUUUGCCCUAUUCACUAGAGUAACAAUCUGCUGCGGCGUGUUCUUACGGAAGGAUUCUUGGAGUUAUUACACGAUCAGACCAACAUCACAACUCCUGUGUGAGCAAGGCUACCUGGGAUUAUGAAUUACACUUGAAGAGACAUUCACCUACAGCCACAACAGAUACUCUAAAUUCUCUAGAUCGGUGUGUUCCGAGGGAGAGGAGGGUCAAAAAGCGCCCUGAAGGGGAGGAGAGACAUCUGCGGUAGACACCCUCGUAUCUACUUUCCGCUGUCUUAGUGAAAAUAUUAGAGAUAGGGAGACGCUACUCCUGAAAGAGACUUCUGGUUCGUCAUCUGACUAGGUUCCCACAUCCAUUGACUUGAACAUUUCUUGUUAUUCGGGCAAAUCCAAAGGCAGAAUUGCACCAAAGUGGAAACUGCCGCGACUUUUCAGAUUAGACAAUAUUCGGUCAGCAGAGAAGACAUUGGAACAAUCACCAGGAUGAGUGAUUCGAAAGGAUACUGGAAAGACGUCCUCACCAUUCUGGACGACUAUAGCGCAAAGAAUUACAAGAGGGAGCCAACAACUCUUGAAACUGUCAAGUCGAUCCAACUCCGCCCAGCACUGGUCAAACGACAGAAGACGCUCGUCUUAGAUGAGUAUAUGAGACUCAAGGCCAUUGAUACCAAAAAGGUGACGCCGCCACCUUAUCUAGAGGGGCAGCGAUUACGAAGAGAGAAGACACUGGUCGGAGAUCCAUGGAGGUGUGAAGACCAGGCAGUAAGACAACUCGCCAAUGUGACGAGAAAGUCGCCAUGGCCAAGAUAUUUCCAUGGUUUCGGCGAUCCCAAGUUACAGAAUGCAACAAGCAUUUUUGGAGUUCCACUCCGUCCUGCGCAGAAACAGAUCAAAAGGCUACGAACAGACGUUGAAAGGGGAACAUCUUGGCCGGAGAAGCAGGUAUUACCAGAUAUCGGGAAGAAGUAUGGAGAACUAGAAAAUACUGCAGAAAGCCCAAUGCCAGUGACGCCACUGGAAAGAGGGAUCACACUUUUGUAUGACGUAGACGAAAAGUGCACGAGGAAAAACGAUGACGGUGCAAAAGACGACGUGAACAAUGAUUUGUCAGAAAAAGAGAGGACUUUCAUCACCAGCAGAUCAGAUUUUUUAGACCUCGAAAAUGAAGAGUUUGUUAGAAGUAGCGCCUCCGGAUCUCUUGGAUUUCCGGUGGAAGAGGUUGAACUCCCGGUUGAAGAAAUUGAUGAACCUCAAGUGGAGCCAGAGGCAGAUAAUUUGAUAAUUUGGACGGUGAAGAAAAUUGGUGGUUAGCUGCACGUGUGUUUGUUGUAUCAUGUUCAGAACGAAGGAGGGCAUAAACUGCACUACAUUUGGCCAUUUCACGCAGGCCUACGUCACAUGAAAUGAUACUUUAAUUCGUUUUCUUCAGAUUCACAUGAUCAUUUUCUCAUUCUGAUCAUCAAAUAUGUGAUUAUAAUCCGAUUCCUAGAAGUUGCUAGUAUCAGUAAAUGCUCAAGGACAUCGACAGCUUUCCAGAGAAGGGUCAUAAAAGCCUUUCAGUCGAGCCUUACAGCCCACAAGACCCCUUGGUGGUGGGCAGUAAUAGGUGGAUGGUCUUAUGUCUGACCUGUUUGAUAGGAUGUUGACUGAAGAUGAGUGUUUUCUUUGUCAUGCUACAGAAUAAAAAAUUGUUAAGUCCAAA